UGCUUUAUUUUUACUUAACGUAUAAUCUUACUUUAUUCAAGGGCUUAUAUAGCCAGUACAGUGUAAUUUAUUUUUGUAAAUAAUAUGAGUGAAGUAGAAAUAGUUGCUAAAAAACCAAAAAUGAUGAAUUCUACUGAAAUAACUAACUCAACAAAUGAGGCGGAACAAAGAUGUGCACAUUGGGUGCAGCGCAAGAAGCGCUUUUGCAAGAUGACUUUAGCACAUGGCAAGAAAUAUUGUGGUGAACAUGAGCCUGCAACAAACGAGGAAACGACAACGUUAACAGGUAAUAGAAUACCUUGUCCGCUAGACAGUAAACACACGAUUUAUAGUAAAAAUCUAUAUAAACAUUUAAAAAUUUGUAAUGCUCGCCAGAAAAAUGACGAACCUGCUUACAUACAAAAGGCUCUAAACGCAGGUGAUGAGACACCUGAAGCGCUUGAUUACCGACAUUUGAAACUAAGUGAACUGCCAGAAGAGGAACUACAAGCUGUUAUAGACAAAAUAAAGUCAUUAUACAAAAUGUAUGUUGUUAAUCAAAUUCAAACAUUGCAGACGCAGCACAAAAUAUUGAAUGCAGAAUUGGCAAAUCAAACUUAUGGUAAAGAGACGAGAAAACAUUUAGAGCAAACUGCAGCACUACUUGGCAUACUGGAUAUGAAAGAGCAAUUACAAAAUUCUACCAGUUUUGUUGAAUUUGGUGCUGGCAAAGGGCAGCUGGCUUAUUACUUAGCACAAUUGUUGGGAGAUUACGAAAAUUCGCAAGUGAUUUUGUUGGAUCGUAUGUCAUUGCGUCAUAAAAAAGAUAAUAAAAUAGAAGAUCGUUCCUUAGUAAAACGUAUACGUGUCGAUAUUGCCGAUUUCUAUAUGGACCGAUUGGAUUUAUUGACGAAAACGGCGCGUACCGUUGCUGUGUCUAAGCAUCUGUGUGGUGCGGCGACAGAUUUAACUUUACGUUGUAUAUUGCAACCUACAAAUUCUGUUAAGGCUACAGAGUUUAUUAUGAUAGCACUUUGUUGUCAUCAUCGUUGUGAAUGGCGUUCAUUUGUUGGUAAAGAAUUCUGUCAGAGGCACAAUAUCAUACCAAGAGAAUUUGCAAUUAUUACUAAAAUGGUUGGUUGGGCUAUUUGUGGUACUGGCAUGAGUCGAGAGCGAAGGCGUGAAUUAGAACAACGAGUGGAGCGUCCUCUUGAUACAGCCGAAGAAGGAACUACCGAGAAUAAUGAUAAGAUUGAUACAAUAUUAUCAGAAACUACGGGCGAAGAAGAUGGUAGUGUUACAGAAGAAGUUAUUAGUAAAACAAAAGAAACUAUCAAAGAACCAGUGGUUGCUACAGCAACACAACUCCUUACUGAUAAGGAAACUUCUAUUGUUACGAAGGAAGCAGAUACCAGUAUUGAUGUAUCCGAACCAAACAAAUUACGUCUAACACUUGCUGAGCGUGAGGAAAUUGGUUUUAUGUGUAAACGCGUGCUGGACCAUGCGCGUUUAGAAUAUUUGCGAAAAAAUGGUUAUGAGGCUUCUCUUAAUUACUAUGUGCCAAAAGAUGUUACAUUGGAAAAUGUUUGCUUACUGGCUAAGAAAAUCGUCUAAGAACUGCCAACAAUCAAAACAGUUGGUUUUAUCUAAAUAGUUUUUUUUAAAGACAUGCAAUUAUAAGCAUUUAUUAUUCCAAGAACGGUUGGGUCUACAUCCCGAAGGCGCUCAUCAAGUAAAUACCGGUUAGCAAAUUGUGUUGCUGUUCAUAUUAAACGAUUUCACAGGACUACUUUUUUAAAGUAUAUUUUAGCAUUUCAUUAUUUUUAAGGGUAUGCAUUUAUAAUUUGUAAUAUAAUUACUAAUUCAAUGCCUUUUCAUUAACGGUUUUAAUAAACAGAAUAUGUACAUUCUGUCAACUCUAUCUUUUGAUAAACAAUUUUAGAAUC